AUGAAGAACGGGCGCAAAGAGUUAACGCUGGAAGUGAUCGAUGACUUCCAACUCGACUACUUAGACAAGAAGGCCAUCAAUGAGUAUAAGAAGUCGAAGACAAUGGCCGCCAGAGCCCAGCGGACGCCCAAAACCCCGGCCUCGCGGUCCGGAUUCAACGCCAACGACAGCUUUAAGGCUUUGCUUAAAGAGAUGAACAGUGGAUCCGAUGACAGCAAACCGGCGCCGACACGGCUUUUCACUCGAAUCGAAAUCGCAUCCAAUGACGAGUCCAGUGCUGUCGAAGACAAGAAACUCGAAGAGAUUAGUGUCACAGAAACGACAACACAUAAUGUGGUGACCGUUGAAACGCCCAAAACACCCGAAAAAGUGGUGAAUGAGGCGCCAAUGUCUCCCGAAAUGGUGGACCAGACCAUUGAGUACAUGGAUGUGAGCGCAAUGACCACUCCAUGCGUGACAGCGACCGCUAUUAACGAGUCUAUCAAUACGUCUCUCAAAAUUGACGACACGAUUAACUCGAAUAUAUUGUGUUAUUUCGGGAACUCUUACUCCGACAAAGAGUGGCGGAACCGAUCGAAAGUCGAACACAGCGUCAAACUAUACGACUCGACGAUUACGUUAACCGAAAACUUUAAGUUUAUGUCAUUGAAGAUCACAGAAACCAAUGAGAUAUUGAACGACAUUAUUGACGAGUUUUCAGAGCUUCUUCGGGAAGCGCUGGACAUUGAAUCGUGGAAUCAGUUCUCAAUUCCCAGUCCUAUCGAAGCCUAUUAUAUCGGACGCGUUUGUUAUGACUGCAGCGCUAAGACUAAGCUAUCGGACGGUACGAUACGACUCGAGGGCUCCCGGUAUCUGACAAAUAGCGAGUCCAUUGAUCUGGACUUAAGCCGUUUGAACAACUAUUCCCUGUUUGCGGGGCAAGUGAUGGCCUGUAAGGCUAUCAACGAAUCGGGCAAAACACUUGUCGUCCAAGAGAUCAUGGAUUUUGAUAAGAUUACGGGUUCGCCAGGAGUUACGCCAUCGUUUGUCCACCCGUUGAAUCUGGUCGUAGCCGUCGGGCCAUUCAAUACACACCAAUCGCUGGAUUUAGAGCCGUUGCGGAAGUUUAUGUCAUACGUGCGCCGCUAUGAACCCGACUACUGCCUACUCUUAGGCCCAUUCGUGGACACUAUGAACGAGAAGCUGUUGACCACCGAUGAGCCCAUCGAUCGUAUAUUUAAUUCGCAGAUGCGAUACAUAGCGGAAGAGUUGGCAGAUGUGAAGACUGAGGCGAUUGUGGUUCCGUCCACUCGUGAUCUCAAUGUGUUCAACACAUUGCCUACAAUGCAAUUCAAUUCGUAUAAAUCGCAUAAAAUUCACUACUUUUCCAACCCAUGCGUACUGAACAUCGCCGGAGCCGUCAUCGCCAUGACGUCCACCGAUGUGUUGCUUCAUCUGAGCAAAGAGGAGAUCUCUGCGUACGGUUCCAGUCAUUCAUUCAUGUAUUUUAUAUCUUAA